GCGGCCGCCGUAGUUGUUGUCAAACUUCCGUUUCCGCCUACGUACCCGUGCUAGCGUGCUACUUUGCUAAUUUUCUCAUUUCUUACGCGAUGGCUGAGUAUUCCCGUGUUAAAUCGACCAAAUUGGUUCUGAAGGGACAAAAUAAGAAAAAGAGGAAGGACAAAAGUAAGAAGCGAAAGGCAGAAGAUGACGAAUCCAAACUAGAUGUUGUCGGCAAUUGGUGGGCCGUCCGCCAUUUUGGCGACAUCGUGGGUACGGUGGCCAUCGAGAUGCAUAACAAUUCGUACAUCCAUGCGUUGGACACGGGGCUUUUCACGGUCGGCGCACCGCACCCAGAGGACGAAGGACCGGACCCCCCCGAACAGUUCACUGCGGUCAAACUCUCCGAUAACAGGAUAGCCUUGAAGUCGGGCUACGGGAAGUACGUGGGCCUCAACGCGGACAACCUGGUGGUGGGCCGAGCCGAUGCCAUCGGAUCCCGGGAACAGUGGGAGCCCGUUUUUCAAGAGGGUAGGACGGCGCUCCUGGCGGCCAACAGCUGCUUCAUCUCGUACAGCGAGAGCGGCGACAUCGAGGCCACCAGCAAGACGGCGGGCGACGGCGAGAUGCUAAAGAUCCGUUCGUGCGCGGAUCGAGACCCGAAACCGAAAGAUGACCUCGCCGACGAGGACAGAGGCAACGUCAAGUCCUGCGAGCUCAGUUACGUGAAGAAGUUUCAAAGUUUCCAGGACCGUCGCCUGCGGCUGAACGAGGAGGAGCCGGCCUUGUUGAAGAAAGCCAGAGUAGACGGGAAGUUUCACGAGGCUUUGCUCGACAGGAGGAGCAAAAUGAAAGCGGAUCGAUACUGCAAGUGAACUGUUUUAUUUUGUUGUUGUUUUCCACCAAUAAAUGUUUUCAUUUGUG